GACAGCUCCUAACAAAGCGAGCGACGAAAACCCACGAAAAUCUAUCUAGGCGGAACACUUUUAUUUUCUAUCAGUUAAAUUAAUGAUCUUUUAUAUUAUCUUCGAAAUCUCUUCACUAGAGGAUGAUGUCUACAACAGAAGGAGAACUGGAUCUUGAAAUCUGCAAUGAACGAGAAGAUGGGGAGCUGGACGAUUCUGAUGUCGAAGAGGGUACAUAUAUACCGCUGGAGAGACCGGAGUCAUUCAAUCCUCCGUCGUUAGUAAAUAUGCAAAUUCAAGAUGAGCAGAGUGACGACGAGGAGGAGUCUUCUGGCUCCGAGUCUGACGACGAGCCCCGGCGGCGUCCCAAGCGGCUGAAAGUGCGCCCGCGCCGGCCGCACCCUCAACCACAGCCAGAAAAGAAAAACAAGUACAAUGUUUGGUGUACAGCAUUACAGGAAGACCUAUUAACAGAGGACAUGGUCAGCUGUGAUGUGUCAAAGAAAAGCAGAUAUGGCGUGGAAUCUUAUGAUUAUACUAUUAAGUAUAGGUUAGAUGAUGACUAUAUAUCUAAGAAAGUAUUUUCCAAUAAUAGUAAUGAUCAGGAGCGAACAUCUAAUAAAAGGACAAAUGAAGAUCGAUCUAAUGUGAAGUUAAGGCUUGGUAAACGAACCAACAGUCACAGGCAUUUGGAGGAGAAACAAAAGCCGAGGUACUUACCAGAUUUGAGUGUCAGUGCCGAUGAUGCAGCAGAAAGUAUUGCAAAUGAUAUUGCUGAAAAGUUAGAGGAAGAGAAGAAGGAUUUACUAGGGAGAAUCGUCCAAGUGAUUGGUGCACACAAAGCUAUGGAAAUAUACAAAGAAACUCAAAGGUUGGAAGCAGAUGGAGGCAUGCUUAUUGUGAACGGGUCGCGGCGGCGAACACCGGGCGGGGUGUACUUCUUCCUGCUGAAGCGGGACGUGGACGUGUCGCAGGAGGCGGUGAGCCAGAUCUUCAACGAGGACCGGCGCGAGACCACGCGCCGCGUCAAGAAGGCCCGCGCCAAGAGCCGCCAGAAGGUCAUGGAACAGCUCAAACAAAGCCUCACAGAUUCUGAACUACCCUCGCUAUUAUCCCGCGGCGAGGCGACCGUGCAGUCGGAGCACGGCUCCAACCCGCCGCCGUCGCCCGCCACGGACGCGCGCGAGUGCUCCAGCGACACGGACACGCACACGGACCCGCGUCCCGCCUCGGCCCUGUCCCACACCAAGGGCCGCCAGCUGCAGGACUCCGAAGACGACGACUACCUCGAAGUCAUGUGCAAUGAUGAGAUGGACUUGUUCUAAUGUGAUUGGACGGUGCUUUCUCGGUGUGAAGUGUGAAGAAGUGCGGCAACUUUACGAGAUAUUUAAACGAAACCGCAAAUCACAGGGAAUCGGCCUACGUUCACCAGUGAAUUUCUUGCUGAUAUACGGAACGGAACUUUUAUUGGGUCCUAAUGCAACGAUUAUGAGAGUAUAUCCAUUUAUUUGUCAUGACGAGUUACCGUGUACAGAUUUGGUGUUCAAAACGUGCUAUCUAGAAACCAUGCUAGAAAGAGAUAUUCAGACUCGAAGAUACUCUUUUGCCUUUAAAAAACCCCAAGCCAAUGGAUAUGUUUAAUCAAAUGCUUAAAUGUAGUAUUCAUCCAAAUAAGUAACAUAUUCUUGGGAAUAUGUUCCUCCAGUAGGCAGGAGUCAAGGCAGUCUUCUUCGUCGCCAUUCAUGUUGGUCCAUCGCUCUGAAAACUGUACCGAUGUUACCAAACCUCUCAAAUGAUUUGUGACUACUCCACGGGCUGCUGAUGUAUAAGAUUUGAUAAAGAAAGGUGUAAAUUUCUGGUGCUAAGUGAAUUGAUAUUGGAUAGUCAGUAGCCUGUACUUGAUUUUCACAAAUCAAGUACUUGAUUUGUGAAACAAGCAUAUAAAGUAUGCAAUCUGCCAUAUAUGCAUAAACCUCUUAUUAACAUUGAUAUAAGAACCUAUUGCUUUUUAAAAUAAGACACUGAUUGUUAUUAGUUUGCUGAAUGACUACCAUGAAACUUACAAAUGCAAAUAAUAGCGCAUUAGUAACAUCCACAUACUGUCUUUUUUUCUCACUAUAUGGGAAAAAAAUAUAUAAUAAUAAUUAAUAUAAUACAUAUUGUGGGAAAAUGAUGUGCUAUGUGUUUUAUGUUAGCCCCUCUGGUUUCCAUAGAAUGCGGCAUUUGCUUACCAUCAGGCAACAUGUGGGUUGCCUGAUGGUAAGUACUUGUCUUCUAUGCUAAAAAAUAGAUAUUGGAUAUGCAUGAUGAUAGCAGAUGUUUUUAUAAGCCUUGAUUUUGGAAUGGCCAAGCGAAAUAAAUCUCUACAUUGGAUCAUGGGAUAUAGAUCCACUAUUAUAUAAGGAAUUAAUUAUUAAGUUUUACCCUACACUAAGCUGUUAACAAACCUUUGAUGUUAUACCAAAGGAUUUUUAAAAGUGUACAUCUGUAAAAAGGAUUUUUAGCUUGAUGACAACCUUGUUGGAAUCUGACUAGAGGAUUGUAAUAAUCAGCACACUGCCAAAACAUAUAACUAUGUAUGUACAAAAAAAAUACUGUAAUGUGUAAAGUAUUACUGGAUUUUAGCACAUUCAAAUAUUGUGAAAUUUUGUUAUUUAGCCACUAUUUGUCAAAGUGAUCUCAAUAUAAAAAGAUGAAAUGACAGCAAAAUCAUAGUGGCAUUCCUAAAAUCCAAAUGAAAAAUGCUGUCCUACAAAAUAUAGUUGGAUAUUAAAUGCUGAUUAAAAAAUAUAUUCUUAAAUAGAAAUCCUAUUACUUUUGGCAUUGUGUUCACAUCCGCCUACGAAAUUUAUACAAAUUAAAAUCUGUGCCUAUGGUUCAAUUGACUGUGUUUGUAACAUGGAUUUUAAUAAGUACUUCGUCAGUACCUACUCAUUCCAUGGUUUGUAAAAAGUGUAAAAGUAGACAAUAAUAGUUUGCUGCCAUGGUUUCGCGCCAGUCAGCAAAAUAUUAAGUAUUUUCGUACAUGUACUGAGGAGAAAUUAUAUUACCAAGCAGUCAUGUUUAUUGUCAUAUUUAUCUCUGAUGUAGUUAUUUGUAAUAAGAUAAAUGUUGUAUAUCCAUCUCACCUAACCUGUUUAGUUUUUGUUUGGUACAACCAUUUGUGUGAGUAGACCAAUGCCUACAACUGUAUAAGCAAAAUUCAUUACUUUUAACUUUUCAUGUUAAAACAAAAAUAAUAGUCCCAUUAUGUUACAAGGUGCAAACUAAUGUUAAUCCCUUGCAGACAAUCAGGUCCUCAGAAAUGUUUUUUAUUCUAGGGUGUGCGGCCUUCUCAUGAUGAAUGCAUGCAUAUUAGUUGGUAGAUGCCAAACUUUGUAUAUCUAGUUUGGCAAUAAAAAAUUUCAUAAUAUUGUU